UUCUCGCUUCUUCUUGGGAUUGUUACUUUGUUAGCUCCUUGAUCCGCCGGGGCGCCUUCAAUUUUUGUUCCGUUUUAGGUUACCGUCCUAGUCCAGCAUCAAAUUGCAUCGAUACUGGCGAAUUCCCCGCAACGUAUAGUGAAAUCAUUGGAGCGGGAUUCUCAUGGACCCUAACUUCAUGAAAUUCCUUGAAGAGGAUGAGGACGAGACGAUGCAUUCUGGGGCUGAUGUGGAGGCUUUCACGGCGGAAUUAAACAGAGACAUAGAAGGGAAUGCUUCUGAAUCUCAACAGCCCUCUGAUUCCGAUAUUGCCUUACCUCAGGUGGACCAUCAAACCUCAAGUGAGCUGCCUCCACAAUGGCAAACUUCUGGUCCUGAUGAAAUCGCCAAUUUCCAACCUGGUCAAGCUGUCUUGGAGACAGAGGGAAAAGAGCAGCAGUCAUCUCAACUAGACCUACAUCAACAUGUUGAAGAUUCUGAGAACAAAAAAGUAGAUAAUGCAUCUUCUCAUGAGCCUAAUGUUUUGCUGCAUAACCCAUCAUCAGAUGUUCCUUUAAAAACACAAGAUGACCAAAAUAGUUUAGCUGCUUCCCAACCUAUGAGUAUGCAUACAUCUGGAGAUUCAUCUCUUGAUAACCAAAAUUCAGAUCCCAAACCAAAUCGAGGAAUAGAAUCUCAUCUGCACAAUUCCCAGAAUAUCACUAACCGUCCAUCUAUGGAAAUGGGAUCAAAUGAUCAUCAGCCAGCGGGAUUGGAAUUGAAAGAUCAACAGUCAUUGUCAGCAGGGAUAGGAAAUCAACAAACAGUAAGUACUGGAAUCAGUAAUGAACAGACUAUGCCAACAAUGAUUCAACGUACUACUGGGAUGGGAAUGAGCAGCCAACAGUCAAUGACCUCAGGGAUUGGUAGUCAACUGCCUGUGACAAAUAGUAAUCAACAGCCUGGUGCCCAAGUGAAGUUAAACAAGCAAGUCCCAUUUGGCAUGCUGCUUCCUAUCAUACAACCUCAGCUUGAUAAAGACAGAGCUAUGCAACUUCACACCCUUUACCUCAAGUUGAAGAAAAAUGAGAUUUCUAAAGAUGGUUUUGUUAGGCACAUGAGAAGUAUUGUUGGUGACCAAAUGUUGAAAAUGGCUGUAUACAAACUACAGAAUCAGGCUGCUAGGAGCUCACAAGCUGGUGCCAACCCAUUUCAGUCACUACAGGUCUCGGCUCGACAGCAUAUGCAAUCAGAUAUUAGCACGUCAACAAACGACAAUAACUUGGCUAAGUCUCUUGAUGUUGAGAGCCAAGCAGAUUCCCAGGGCAUACAUAUAAACCAUAUGUCAACUUCCAGUUCGAGUGGUUUAAGUCAGGAUAGAAAACAUCCUACAUUUGCCACACAGGGAUUUAAUAAGCAGCAGCAUAUGCACUUCUCACAAUCAUCUUUCCCCUCAUACGGAAAUGCUGGGAGUAGUUAUCCGCCUUUCUCUGCAACUAAUUCUUUAUCUUCAACUUCCGUCCGAUCUCAAACACAUGAUUCUCAGAUGAGGCAGAGUCCAGCUCAUCAGAACAUGCCUGCGAAUCACUUGGGGCCUACAGCCAAUUCCACGAGUAUGAUAAAUAUGUCUAAGUUUGAAAGGCCCAACACUCUUGGUGAUCCCAAGAAAAUACAGGCUGGAAAUCUGAAUGCCAUGAACAGCAAUGCAGCACUUCAACAGAAUCAGGCUCCGUGGUCGACAUCCUCCAGUAAAGAACAAAGACUUGGCAUUUCAUCAUCUAUGCCUCAUGUAAAGCAGGAGCCAGUGGAUCAAUCAAAUGAACAACUCAAAACCCAGAUGUCUUCCUCUCAUGGGCCCUCUUCUUUGUCUUCUCCCUUAGUCAAGCAGGGAAAUGCUGUUCCAGGAAAUUUGAAGGAUGAAAGUUUUGAGAUGCAAUCAUCUCGAACCGGAUUCACACCAUCUGCGAGUUUGGGUCCUGGGCAUGGAGGCCCCUCCUCAGUUUCUAGCCCAAUGGAGAUCAACAUGCUGUCAAGUUCUCGGAUGCCUUCCUUAACUUCUAUUGGGCCUGGGAUUACUUCCAAGGUUCCCACCAAAAAGCCAUUGGUUGGCCAGAAGAAGCCAAUGGACCCUGUUUCUUCUCCCCCAUCAAGUAAAAAGCAAAAAGUGUCUGGGGCGUUUUUAGACCAAAGCAUUGAGCAUCUCAAUGAUGUGACUGCAGUAAGCGGAGUGAAUCUCAGGGAAGAGGAGGAACAGCUCUUAUCUGGUUCCAAGGAAGACACUCGUGUUUCAGAGGCAUCUAGGCGUGCUGUUCAAGAAGAAGAGGAGAGACUGAUCUUGCACAAGAUUCCACUUCAGAAGAAAGUGGUGGAGAUAAUGGCAAAAUGUGGUCUAAAGAACAUGAGCAACGAUGUGGAGAGGUGUUUGUCCUUGUGUGUGGAAGAAAGAAUGCGUGGGCUUGUAUCUAAUCUCAUUAGACUUUCAAAACAGCGCGUUGAUAUGGAGAAGCCAAGGCACAGAACUAUUGUCACUUCAGAUGUUAGGCAACAAAUCAUGGCAAUAAAUAAUAAAGCUCGUGAAGAAUGGGAGAAAAAACAGGCUGAAACUGAAAAGUCACAAAAACUGAAUGACUCAGAGAAUUCUGCUGGAGCUGAUGGUGACAAAGAGAAGGAUGAAGGUCGAGCAAGAUCAAAGGUUAACAAGGAGGAAGAUGAUAAAAUGCGCACAACAGCUGCAAAUGUUGCUGUUCGAGCUGCUACUGGAGUUGGAGACAUGCUGUCAAGGUGGCAAUUGAUGAUUGAGGCGAAACAGAAACAAGGAGGAUCUGAUACAGCAUCCAGUUCACAGCCCAGUAAAGAUCCACCACGAAAGCCUUCAACAACUGCUUCAAAAAGCACAAGAGAAAAUCAAGAAGGAGAAAAGCGGGAUUCUUCAUCAGCUUUUAGCACCCCAGCGUCCGUUAGAAAAGUGGGAAGAAACCAAGUCAUUGUACCGCGAGUAGCACGUAGCAUCUCAAUUAAAGAUGUGAUCGCCAUACUAGAAAGAGAGCCUCAAAUGUCGAAAUCUACUCUGUUGUACCGUUUGUAUAACAAGGUCAGUGCUGAUGCUGUGGGGGAGUGAUCCAGUCAACUGAUCCUCUUCAAUUAACUUGUCCGUCCGUGUGCUGCAUGGUGCUACUCUAGGAGUUAAACCAUGCCAACUAAAAUGUAACCCCUGGUUCAUAGCAUUCUCUUUGGUUAGAAUUCUAAUGCAAAUCAUUGAUUGACAGAGGAAGAAGGAACAUCAUAGUUAAGAAUGUAUCUGGUCGAAUCUUUCAAGCUUACAUGCUAUUUUAGUUUAUAGAAGUGCUAUUUCUUCUUACAUACGCUGUUCACCUAAAUUUCACAUGUUUUUUGUUUUCUUCA